AUGAACGGUGCCUCCAGGCCCGCCGACCGUGGCCAAUCCGACGCGCCUGGGCCCGCGCCUGCCGCCGCCUCCGACACGGCCCGCAAAUCCAUCUUUUCGCUGCCCUCGCUGCGAGGAGGUAGCGAUGCAGAAACCCAUUCCAAUUAUUCUCAACAAUUUCAGCAAUACCAACAGAACCGUCCGCAAUCGUCGGUCUUUGAUUGGAACGAGCCGGAGAGAGGCAGGUCAACUCAGCCCGUGGCCCGCAACCUUCAUCACACACAGCAGAGCCCAACACACUCUUCACAGGCUCGUCAGUCACAUGCAACCCAACAACAGCAAGACCAGUCCAAUUCUACAUCUCUCGGGGCUCAGCCAAACCCGUCAAACACCAAUGUUGCCGCUGCACCCACCAAAGCCGACUCAGAAACAAAUGGGGACGCCUUCACACCUCCGACAAGCGCUAGUGACGGCAGCACAAGCGGAGUAGCAAAUGGAGAUGGUCGCAACUCUCAGGACUCCAGCCAGGACUCCCAGUUGCUCCAGCUUUCCCAAUUAGCCGCUGCUAGGGAAAAGCUGCCGGCGGAUGGUGAAAUGAUCUUGAGUCCUGUAAGCGCUGGCUUGAAACGAAAGAGGAUUGGCCCUGAUGCCGUGGCGACGUCUGGCCGGGAUUCUUCAAAUACACCUCCAGUUUUCAGUGCACCAAGGAUAGGGCACUCGCGGAACACGAGCACCGUCAGCAUGGCUUCGACAGGCAGUCGGAUGGGAGAGCUCUCACAUGAGCUCAAAGCACGCCUUUCUUAUGCCAUGGUCAAAGUCAACAAUGGUUGGGAAUCACACAGCAUAGACGAGGUGGAGUCGCUGGCUUCCCGUGCAGCGUCCCCCAACUCAACUGCGUCUACUCUACCUGGCAGACAGGGGUCCUCGGCGAGUCCUAGACUCUAUGGCGCAGACAACCGUAGCCCUACUCGUCCGGCUGGGAGGUUAACAGCCUCAAAGCACGAUCGGCGGAAUUCUUACCACCCCGGAACCCAUGUUACUGGCCAAAACGCUGCUGCUAACUCGGCCAUGUCUCCUCCGUUGCUCAAACCGGCGCCGUCGCUUGCUCCUCCGGUAUCUAUCAAGCCAUCAUUGUCGUCCAUCAACCCCCGUCGCAACUCCAACCCAACUUUUAGUCCCGCAUUCCUAUCACAUGGUUACGUUUCCGCUAGCCCUCGGACACCCGUUGAAACUGCCUCCACACACGGUACGCCGAGGCAAGCCACAUCAAGGACACCCAUGGUUGAUCCCAUAAUUUUCUCGCCACACCAAAACGUCCGCGAGCAAGAUGCAAUUGAGUCUCUACUCUUUAUGAGCAGCCCUGGAAACUCUGCAAAUCUGAAGCAUUCCUUCCCUAGCUCAUCGUCUCAGCCCGUCAUAUCAAGUAGGACCGGAGGAGUUGCACCAAACCAACGUACCGCGCUCCCUAGUGGACAGCCUCGGAGGACCCUGCCAUCUAGCAGACCUCCGAAUUCGCAGCCAACAAAGCGUGUCGGAUUUGAACAUUCGUCGAGCACACUGAGCGAUAUGGACAUAGAUGGACCUUCAAACACAUCCCGCGGAACGCCGAGGGGGCCGAGGUCUAAUGGCAACGUCAACGGCAACGAACACGCCGAGUUCCAACGACCAAGGAUACCUCUAGCGCUACCGGCAGGGUUGGGCACGACAAUUAAACCACGCCGGCCAACACUAACAGAAGCAGACAUUGACAAGAUGCUUGACCAAUGCGUGGCCGAAGACGAGUCCGAUUCUGAUGAGGAAGAGAUACAAAUACCUGUGAGAGCACCAGGUGUGGGUAUAGUCAAGUCUUGA